GGUCCUCGUGACGUCAUGGCCGCACCGCAGCGCACCACUGUGGCGGAGGCGGUGGGGAUUGGCGGACGGCGGAACACGCAACCGACACACUGCGCCGCCGCUCCGCCGCCGUUCCGCAUCCAGUGGAAAUCCAGGGUCAUCAGACUAUUGCUCCAGCGGCCUGCAGCCAGAGCCUCUUGUCCGUGGCUGAGAGCCUCCGACCCUAUGGUCCGACCCUGCAGUUCACAGCCACAUUGCCCUCGAGAAGGAAGGAAUGCCACCUUCAGGUGGAGUUGUGUUGAUCCAGACACCGGUACAACUCUAUCGAUAUCUGCUCAGAUGUUGCAGGCAGUUACCAACCACAGCGACGCAGCAGCAUUACAAACAUGCCAUAAGACAGGGUUACAACAGUCAUGCGGAUGAAGAUGACCCAGAGAGGAUACAAAUGAUAAUCCAAAGAGCAGUAACAGAUGCUGAAUGGAUUCUUGAUAAAUAUACCAAGAAGAAGUGAGUGAGGCUCAUAAGAAGCAAGGGUGUCCACUGCAGUGCUGCAUCUGACUGUGGACGUACUCUUUCUAGGUGUCACUAGUCAGUGGCUGUAUUAAUGUUAAUAUGACUGCAUUUAUACAACUGACCACUCAAUGUGCAUUACACUGUGUCAUAUUCACACGUUCACACAUUUGGGGUUCAGUGUCUUGCCCAAGGAUCUAACCUCUGACCUUCAAAUGCUAAAGUCAAGAAGAUAUUAAAAAGUGUAAAUACUGUCCUGAAAUAUGUUGACUAUAUGCUGUAUCUUUUUUAAAUAAGUUAUUUCUCGAUAAAUAUACCUGUUUUCUUAUUUACAGCAUGUGAGCUUCAGUAUAGAUGAUAUCAGAUGUUUUCACAGUGACGAACCAUAAAUUUCGAGGUGACUACAAUACAUGGAAGCAGUAAAUACAAACUGGUGCAAAUCAUCAGAGCUGUAAUCAGCUCAGAUGGAUAACAAAAGCCCGCGGAGACAUGGACACUUACUUUAUCUGUUAGAAAAUGGUUAGUACAGCUCUCUCAGGAGCCCUGAGCUGAGACCUUUUACAGAUCUUGUUUCAUAAGACGCAGCGGUACCACCAGGCCAGGGAAGGAAUGAAUACAGUUCUGUAAAGUUCAACUGUGGAACCAGCAAAAAUACAAAUAAAAGUUGCUCUUUGUCUCUGA